AUGGAGGUUUCAGUGGCCUUGAUAAGUCUCUUUGAAACAGUGUUACUUGGUUACCUGAGUUAUAAGGGAAAUAUCUGGGAGCAGAUUUUACGCAUACCCUUUAUCCUGGAAAUCAUUAAUGCUGUCCCCUUCAUCAUCUCAAUAUUCUGGCCUUCAUUAAGAAAUCUAUUCAUCCCUGUCUUUCUAAAUUGUUGGCUUGCCAAACAUGCUUUGGAAAAUAUGAUUAAUGAUCUUCAUAGAGCCAUUCAGCGGACGCAAUCAGCAAUGUUUAAUCAAGUUUUGAUUUUAAUAUCCACAUUACUUUGUCUUAUCUUCACCUGUCAGUCAAUAAACUUUUAUGAAGCAUUUGCUGUGUGCCAGGAUUAUACUUAG